AUGGGGCUGUGUUAUGGAAAACCCAUUGAACCCCCAAAAAAUCUUAUUGAAAACUCAAUAAUCCUAGACGAAAAGGAUGAACAAACCUUCAGUAGACCCUCUAAUGGUAAAACCCCCAAAUUCCCAUUCUACAGCCCGAGCCCAUUGCCAAGUCUUUUCAAGACUUCACCUGCAAAUUCCAGUAGUGUCCCUUCGACACCUCUUCGUUUUCUCAAGCGCCCUUUUCCUCCGCCAUCGCCUGCUAAGCACAUUAAGGCCUUGCUUCUGAGGAGGCACGGCUCGAUCAAGCCGAAUGAAGCCACUAUACCCGAGGGAAGCGAAUGUGAGAUCACCAUUGGGCUGGAUAAAAAUUUCGGGUUCUUGAAGAAUUUUAGUAGCUGUUAUGAGAUUGGGGAGGAAGUUGGGAGAGGGCAUUUUGGGUACACUUGUUCUGCCAAGGGGAAGAAGGGGAGCUUGAAGGGACAAGAUGUGGCUGUUAAAGUUAUUCCAAAAUCAAAGAUGACUACAGCAAUUGCCAUAGAGGACGUGAGAAGAGAAGUGAAGAUGUUGCGAGCACUAACAGGACAUAAGAACUUGGUCCAAUUCUAUGAUGCCUAUGAAGAUGAAGAAAAUGUCUAUGUAGUGAUGGAGUUAUGCAAAGGAGGAGAACUACUGGACCGAAUUCUCUCUAGGGGAGGGAAAUAUUCAGAAGAAGAUGCAAAGAUUGUUAUCGUGCAGAUUUUAAACGUGGUUGCAUAUUGUCAUCUACAAGGCGUGGUUCAUCGUGACCUGAAACCUGAGAAUUUUUUAUUCACGACAAAAGACGAGCAUUCCCCUCUGAAAGCCAUCGACUUUGGACUUUCUGAUUAUGUAAAGCCAGACGAAAGGCUUAAUGAUAUUGUCGGAAGUGCUUAUUACGUGGCCCCUGAGGUUUUGCAUAGAUCUUACGGAGCAGAAGCCGAUAUGUGGAGUAUUGGUGUGAUUGCGUAUAUUCUUUUGUGUGGGAGCCGGCCCUUUUGGUCGAGGACGGAAUCUGGAAUCUUCCGGGCCGUUCUAAAGGCCGACCCGAGUUUUGACGAAUCCCCCUGGCCUGAUUUGUCUCGUGAUGCCAUAGAUUUUGUGAAACGUUUGUUGAACAAGGAUUAUCGUAAGCGACUAACGGCAGCUCAGGCGCUGAGUCAUCCAUGGCUGGUCGGACAUCAUGACGUGAAAAUCCCUCUUGAUACGAUUAUAUAUAAGCUCGUGAAAGCUUAUAUUUGUUCUUCUUCUUUGCGAAAGGCUGCAUUAGGGGCUCUGGCUAAAACAUUGACAAUACCUCAGCUAGCCUAUCUCAGGGAACAGUUCACAAUGUUAGGGCCGAGUAAAAGUGGAUUUAUAUCCCUCCAAAACUUCAAAUUGGCUAUGACAAAGAACUCGACUGAUGCAAUGAAGGAUUCGCGGGUUCUGGAUUAUGUCAAUGUGGUGAGUUCUCUUCAGUACAGAAAAUUGGAUUUCGAGGAGUUUUGUGCUGCCGCAAUAAGCGUACAUCAGCUUGAAGAUUGGAUUAGACACUCGGACGGGAAGCUCAGCUUCUUGGGUUUCGUGAGACUUUUACACGGAAUCUCCUCCCGUUCGUUUCAGAAGGCUCCUUAA